AUGACCUGGGACGCCCAGGCCACUGUCCUCGCCGACCAGCUCGGUCGUCUCCUCAGCGCGCCCACGCCCCUGCGCGCGUCGAGGUACGUCAACCGGGUCUCGGUCCUCUACCACCACGUUGAGUGCUCCGCGCUCGACGACGCCGGUGCUCCCGUCGCCCUCUCCCCCUUCGACGUCCUCCGGGACGCCGUUCACCGCUCCGGCGACACCGCGUGGUCCGACGGCCGCGCGUCUCUCCCCGAUACCACCACCUCCGUCCGCUGGGGCCCCCACGCCGCGGACGCCACCACCGCCACCCUCUUCGUCGACGUCGUCGACGACGAGGACUUCAAGACGCUGCGCGCCCUCAACGGGUCGCGGCUUCUCUUCGACAUCGGCCCGCGCGCGUGCACCCUCGCGCGCGUGCCCGACCGCCCCCUCCAGUGCUCGAACUGCCAGCAGUACGGGCACGCGGCCGUCCGGUGCCGCGCGGCCCCCGCGUGCGGCUUCUGCGCCGGCCCGCACCACACCCACCACCAUGAGGCGCUCGCCAAGCGCCCUGGUCCCACCGUCCACGUGGCGAAGUGCGUGGGUUGCGCGGCGGGGUUGCCGUAG